AUGUCAGACAAAAACUCUAUUAAGGCCAUAACUCUUGAUGAUGUCGAAAGUCAUCUUAAGUUACUUACUACUGAGUUUCACUGCAAACGAUGCAACCAAACUGAUUUUAUAAAUCGGAAUGUGUAUGAACUACACCUUCGAUCACAUGAUGUUGCUGACAAAAUUACAAGUGAGGGAAUUAAUGAAGAGAUCCCAACAUGUGAACAUUGUGGGAAAGCAUUCUCAAAAAAAUGGCAUUUACAGCAACAUCUGAAAAUCCAUACAGGAGAACGAGCACACCAGUGUACUUACUGUGGAUGGAGAUUCACCCGGAAAAGUGACUUGACCAAACACAUCCGAAUUCAUACAGGAAAAGAAUUCCAGUGCCAUAUAUGCGAGAAGAAAUUCACAAGAAAAUGGGACCAUGAUGUCCAUGUAAAGACACAUAGUGGUGAGUGUCUGCACACCUGUCAUUUGUGUGGAAAGACGUUCACGUGGAAGCGGUGUUUAAUUGAACAUGUACGAUAUCACACUGGUGAGAAACCUUACCAGUGCGAAGUAUGCCAAAGAAGAUUUACAACAAAGACACAUUUGAACGAACACAAGAGAACACAUACUGGAGAGAAACCAUAUCAAUGUUUGAGGUGUAUGAAGUAUUUUGCGCAUAAAAGUUCAGCCAAGAAACAUGCAUGUGCUUGGGAAAGGAAAAAUCUAUCCAUGCAUAUGAAAGGAUUAUCUGAAAGGACUGGAAUAAAUUCUGAGCCAAUCUCAUGGGUGAAAAUGACGAAUACUAAAAGGAGUAAAAUCGGUUUCUCAAAUGAUUUUGAUUCAAAUGGAAUGCCAGUAAAUGUGAAUGAGACUACUAGUUCAUCAUGCACAACACCAACUGUAGAGACUACUCAUCUAGCAAAAGUGAGUGAGCUGGUAUUGACUGCAGAAAAUCACCCUAUUGUGGAUGAGAACAUUCAGAUGCAAAGAGAUUUGCAGCAACAGGACGAACACAUUCAAAUGUGCUUUUCAGAAGAUGUCAGUCCAGUUAUAUUGGUCUCAAGCAUUGACACUCAGGAUUGCAGCAUGGUAACAAAAGAACAUGCUUUAAAAAUGAAUACUGGUGUUGACGGUUAUGAAGAGAUGCUGCGGCAGGAGUAUGUACCAACCCCCGGGGAUGACUCAUCACAGAAUAUCACAAGAAACGACGUGGUUGAAGAUAAUGAGGCAGUUAUUAAUGAAAGUGAAGACAAUACUCUGAAGGAACAAUCUGCAAUGCAUGAUGGUAGUAGAAAACACAUUUGUACGAAGUGUGGAAAAGGAUUUUUUCACAGCAAGCACCUUUGGGAACAUUUAAAAAUACAUUCGGGUGAAAGGCCACACAGGUGCGUAUAUUGUGGAUGGAGAUUUACACGCAAGAGUGAUUUAACAAAGCAUGUACGUAUCCACACUGGAAAAGAAUUCCAAUGUAAUUUGUGUGGCAAAUGGUUCACUAGGAAAAGUGCUCUUGAAGAACAUAUAAAAGUAAAACAUCAUGGCAUCGCUACUUACCACUGUGAUAUUUGUAACAAGAAAUUCAAAUACAGAAAUAUUCUUGUGGAACAUAAACGAUAUCAUACAGGUGAGAAACCAUUCCAAUGCCGAGAAUGCCGAAAGUGUUUUACGACCAAAAGCCACAUGAGGGAGCAUCAACGUACACAUACUGGUGAAAAGCCUUACACAUGCAAGAAGUGUGGUAAACAUUACGCACAUAGGAGCACAGUUAAUAAACAUUCCUGUAAUUGGGUGAAAAAACAGCUGACUGAAACAAGCAAAACUGAAGCUGUACACCCAGUUGGAAUACUGACAAACACCCACCAUGUUCCAGUUGCUGAAUGUGCUCAUAGUGGUGAUGUGCAGUACGACAAUAGCUUAAUCAAUGUGUAUUAUAACACAUCUCAUAUUGUAAUUAAUAACAGUCUAGUCGAACCGUAUUAUGCAGAGAUUGAGUUAAAUCCUCCAGAACUGUAUCUCAGUAAUCCUAUAAUUGACUUGAAUGAAAAUAAAGACGACGCAACCUUCUAUGAGCAUGAAACUGAAACAUUGUGUAACAUCAUUGAGCAAAAAAGCAUUUUGCAGAUGGAAGAUCAUGGCAUUGAGAUGUUAAGAGUAAAAUUUACUUAA